AUGACCGCCUCAUUACUUCUCCAUUCGCGGUGGGUUGACCCGGUGAUGUUCCUCUACGACAACGGCUUGGAUGAGAGAAGCAAAAACAUGGACGGAUUCGCUGGAGGCAAUUUCGCUGCAAACCAGUGCAGGAAUCUGCUGGGGCAUCCCACGUCGCUGGCUCCGAGCACCACCUACACCGCGAGCGAGGUGCCAGUCUCUGGCAUGGGGGACCCUGUCAAACAAUGCAGCCCCUGUCCGGCUACUCAGAGCUCGCCCAACGCGUCUUUGCCUUAUGGAUAUUUUGGCAGCAGCUACUACCCGUGUAGGAUGUCACACGGCAGCGUCAAGACAUGUGCGCAGCCUUCCGGCUACGGGGAUAAAUACAUGGACACAUCCGUGUCGGGAGAAGAGUUUCCGUCGAGGGCGAAGGAAUUUGCCUUCUACCAAGGCUAUUCCUCUGGCCCUUAUCAAGCCAGCUAUUUGGACGUCCCUGUCGUGCCGGCUCUGAGCGCGCCCUCUGAGCCCAGACACGAGUCUCUAUUGCCCAUGGAGCCCUACCAGCCCUGGGCUAUCGCCAACGGCUGGAAUGGUCAAGUUUACUGCGCCAAGGAGCAGCCACAGUCAAACCCUCUGUGGAAAUCCUCGUUACAAGACUCCAUACCGGGAGGGGACGUCAACUCCAUCCGCCGCGGGAGGAAAAAGCGCGUGCCCUACACCAAGGUGCAACUGAAAGAACUGGAGAGGGAGUACGCCACCAACAAAUUCAUCACGAAGGACAAGCGGAGACGGAUAUCCGCCCAAACGAACCUGACGGAGAGACAAGUGACAAUCUGGUUCCAGAACAGGCGCGUCAAGGAGAAGAAGGUCGUCAACAAGUUCAAGAGUUCCAGUUAG